GUUAUCCCCGCCCUCGGGAGGCAGCGCCUGUGGGCCGGGGCGUCACGGCAGCCUCCCGCUCACCGGCACCAUCUCCGCGCGGCGGCCCCCCACGCCGGCUCCCCGGGCGGGUUUGCAGCGGCAAGUCUGCCGGGGUGCCCGGAGCGCCGCGCGCUGGGUGCCAGAGCUGGGGGCGGUCCCAGGCUUGGUUCUGACACUCAGCGUGCAAGGCCUUAGCCCCGCAGCCAGGCCUUGCUAUCUCAGCUGCCUCCUGCCCGUGAGGAGCUUGCCCCCCCGUGUGCUUUGCAGGAGGCAGGACUCUUGUCAUGAGGAAGAAGGCCAAGAACAAGAUACUGUAGCUAGAGAGAUUAUGGCAUGGAAGUUUCUUUCUCUUCCCCAAAUUAGUGCUUUGUCGGAACAAAAUGUAGAAGGGGUUCAAAAAAAACUGGAAGAGUUUCUGAAUUUCAGACAAAUUAAGACAUCUUUGAAGGAAGCUGUUUUACUAGAUUAUUAUGUGUCGGGAUUUUGGUGGGCUAAAGAGAUGGACUUCACUCAUCUACAACUCUCAGGAUUCAUGGACAUCUUAAACUUUCUGUUGGAGAACCUCAGCACCAAACACAUGACGCUUGAAGACAACAUAAAAGAGCUUGGGAGAGCAAUGGCUGGAAUAGGGGAGUCUCAUUCAGAAAAAAGUGGUGGCUUGGAUUUCUUCAGUGUUGAUCAAGCCAAGGCUAUAAUCAAUUACUUGAAGAUCAGUUUAUUUCAACACUAUAAACUAUAUGAAUAUCUUUUCCACAGUCCCAGGGAAGAACUUGUAAUAGGCGAUGAGAAUGUGGUUGAACUUGUCAAACCAAUGGAUACACUUUUCCCUGCUCCGCUUGAAGAAGGUAUAUCUUACGAUAUGUAUUCAUCAUUUAUUGUAUUACCCCCAGAAUCAGAGGUGGAAACUGAGGAAAUCGAUCAAGAAUGUCAUCCAGAAGGGCUCCAACCAGAAACAGAAUCCUUGAAUAUAGAUCCUAUGGCUGAGUUCACUGUUGAAGAUGUUAAGUCAGUAUUGGGUCAGAUCACAAAUGAAAUUAUUGGCAGCCUUCAGACUGAGAUAAACGAAAAACUGCAAAUGCAGGAAGAGGCUUAUUCUGUGAGAACAGACAAAUUAAAAUAGACCCGAGUAGCUAGACAAGAAGUGGUGCUGAGUUUUAGAGAAAUCUACGAAAACAAAAGAACACAGUUGGCAUGAAUUUAAUUAUUUU